AUGAUAUUUAGGGUUCCAUAUCAACCUCUAAACUUGCGUCUAACCAUAACUCCGGAACUCCUCGAGAGGAUUACAUCCGCCGUCGAUCCAAAAGAUCGGCAGAAUUUAAGGACCCCACUAAUCGGGUUUACGAUGGCUCUAGCUUGUACACCAUUGGGUACUGGCUCAGUAUCAUACAUAAGGACAACCUGUGUAGGAGAAGAACAAGGCAAAGGUAGCAUUCAGAUAAUGAAUGGGUCAGCUUCGAAAUGCUAUGAGACAAAGCGCAUUUAUGGCUUACAGGGUCGCUCAAAGAAUAAUAUGUCCGAGAAAGAACCCGAAAAUCCCUUCUUUAGGGACUCCAAGCUUUGUUUAUAUGCUCGUGGCGAUGGUGCAAGCGCAGGCUGUACAAUGAUCACUUCGAUACUCUCACGUGCCAUGAAGAAACCUGUGAGGAUGAAUCUUGCAAUGACCGGAGGAAUCACCAUAAUCGGUACAAUUCUUCCAAUCGGCGGCGUUAGAGAGAAGACUAUAGCUGCCAAAAGAAGUCAAGUGAAGAUGAUAAUAUUUCCAGAGGCUAACCAUGGAGAGUUUGAGGAGCUAGAAGAAAACGUGAAAGAAGGGCUCGAUGCUCGCUUCGUCAGUGACUAUAACCAGAUCUUCGAGAUAGCUUUUGGCUAUGACCACUAG